ACGCUAACCAAGUCCUUGGGAACGUACAGUGUUGUGUCAACGUACAUGCCGGCAUUGGCGGACGAAAUUGAGCUCGGGCAUGGUGACUCGGUGACGAUUCUGCAAGAGUACGAUGACGGUUGGUGCCUGGGUGUCAAUAACACGAGAAACGGCAUCCAAGGCGUCUUUCCAAGACAUUGCCUAGAG